UCAAGGUGUCGUAGAGGUGUUCUCCACAGGAUGCCAUGCCUUCUCCUAUUCCGGUGACCCGACUGCUGCCUAAAGACCUCUGUCCCUCUCUGGACACAGGGACCUGCAGUAGCCCGCUGACUAAGCAUUCAUACGGCUCUACCUUACAAGUCCCCGCUCAGCGGCUCCGUGGCAAAGUCGCCGUUCGCCUGUGGUCCUCGGUUAUCCACUGGAAGCAUCUGUGCUCUGUCCAGCCUGUGGGCUCGGGAGGCUUUGGUUCAGUCUACAAGGCGGAGUACUUUGGGGAGACCGUAGCUCUGAAGAAGGUCAAGAAGUGCACUAAGAAUAAACUGGCAUCCCAGCAGAGCUUCUGGGCCGAGCUGAAUUCAGCGCACCUCCGUCACAAAAAUAUAGUGCGCGUCAUAGCCGCCACCACCUGCGUGCCAGCAGAUUUUGGAGAUGAAGGCAGCAUCGGGACAAUACUGAUGGAGUUUGUGGGAAGAAGAAAUCUGCAGCAGAUCAUUUAUGGAGGAGCGGAAGCGCUGGGAGAGGACAGGUGGGUCAGGUACUCCUCGGACAUUGUACACGGCUUGAGGUUUCUGCACUCCCACAGCGUUGUGCAUCUGGACAUAAAACCAGCUAACGUCUUGGUGACCAGUGAAGACGUCUGCAAAAUUGCGGACUUCGGCUGUUCCCUCAAAUUGGACCCUGGCUAUGAGGUAAGCGCCAUCAGGCACCAGCCGCUCGUGGGCGGCACGUACACCCACAGAGCCCCGGAGCUGCUCAAAGGCGAGGGGGUGUCUCCUAAAGCGGAUAUAUUUUCUUUCGGAAUCACUCUGUGGCAGCUGCUCACCAGAGAGCCGCCCUACACCGGCGACAGGGAGCACGUCCUCUAUGCUGUGGUGGCAUACAAUCUGCGGCCUUCUGUUCAGGACCAUCCGGUGUUCCGGUCGGAGUCCGGGAGACAGUUUAGGGGUCUCCUGAGCCAGUGCUGGAGCGGAGAGCCCCACUGCAGACCUAGUGCCCAGGAGCUCUUGUCUUACCUGGAGCAGCUGCGAUCGAAGAUCUGAUUUGAUUUUAUAAGCUCGUGCACAGGUGUACUGACAGUCUGAGUUUUAGGAAUAUCUUAUAUGUUCUCUUCUGCAGUGGCAGUUUUACGGAACCAAGUACUGGAUUUGAUCACCUUCGUACCCAGUGUCAGUUCAAAAAUAAGUAAACCAUCAAGUGCCUUUCUUCAUAACGAUAUUUAUGUUUCUGGACUUCUGUGUAGAGCGGCUGUAUUCUGUUCCUAUUGUUCAGGUCAUCUGAGAUGAUGCAAACGUCUGUAGCGAAAUGUCAAUUUUUACAUACAGUACGAAAAACGAUUACAAAGUAAUUAGAUUGUUGCAUUAAAACCAAAUGUAUUCUUCCUUUUAGUUGUGACCUUUUCUAUUGCAGAGUAAUUGUAUAUUUCUGCCUGAUGGGCAGAUCAGUCCUGUAGGAUCAAGAACAAAAGCUGGUUUUGAUGGAUGUGUAAGUUAUCUCACUAGAAGUUCCUGUCGGGAGGCAGAGCACCCAUGCUGUUAGCAACAGUCCACUGUGAGAGUUCUGACAUUAUUUUAAAAUGUUUCUUAAAUGUUUUGCAAAUCUGUUUUGUGUACUACAUCAAUACUGUAAUAUGUUUAAGUGUG